AUGACGGAACACAACGCAUCAUACAAAGAAUCAGAACAUGACGUAGUGUUGGUCAGCCACAGUCCAGAGCAUCGGCAAUUCCAAUCAGAGGCCAUUUCCAACUUGCUGCCUACUAUGGAUCCUGAGUCCAUGUCUGAACUACCACGGUGUCCAUCUCCAGCUCCUGUGAAACUCACAUGGGGUGAAAUCAUGGACGCCGAGGACAAUGAGAUGGAGAAUGUAGAGCCUUUCUGUUUCUAUAAUCCCUGGAGCAUGGAUAUCAUCAGCCAGACAGUGAAACUACUGUUGAGGAACCUUGACUGCAAUGUGGAUGACAGACAACUACAUGAGGAAUUCCAUCCCUUUGGAACUGUGAUCAGUGCAGAGGUCAAUAUGGAGAAUGGCCAUCCCAAAGGCACUGGCUUUGUCAUUUUUGCAUCUCCUGAUGAAGCCAGAAAUGCCAUCAUGAAGAUGAACGGCAGGGUAUUGGGAAGCAGGCCAGUGUAUGUUAGUGUGGUUCAGAGCAAGGAGGAACAUGGAGGAAGGCACAGAGAGAGGGCAGAGAGUAGCCUGAAAGAACCCUGUCCAAAUCCACACCAGGCUCAAAAGAAUAUUCAGCCACAGAAUGCAUCUCCAGAAUUGAGGAGAACCAACCAACAGGACAGGAACAUAUGCAGAGUGCAAACCACACUGCAGUCCCAGGAUGCACAGAAGAGUAAGGUGUUUAUAAAACAUCUGGACUACAGUGUGGACGACAGGCGCCUGCAUGAAGCGUUCCUGCCAUAUGGAACAGUCAUCAGUGCAAAGGUGACUGUGGAGAAUGGCUGCUCCCGAGGUUUUGGAUUUGUGAGCUUCUCCUCUCCAAAUGAAGCAGAAAAAGCCAUUAAGGAGAUGAAUGGAAGGAUGAUGGGCAGGAAGCCACUGUAUGUGACUCUGGCUAACAACAAUAAGCAGCGCAAGGCUUCCCUCACCCAGACUGAGUGUACAGGAAGCAGUGGUCCAACUGAGCCACACACAAGACCUCACAGAUUCUUGCAGAGGGUCCAUUCACAUCGUCGUCCCUCUGUUGCACCGGCCGCCAGAUAA